AAGGGGAGACACAGGGGGCAACGCGGGGCCCCGGCGGAUGCGCCCCCCGCCGCCUCUCGGGCUGCGCCGCCUCGCGGGGAUGAAGCACCGGCCGUGAAGAUGGAGGUGACCUGCCUUCUACUUCUGGCGCUGAUCCCCUUUCACUGCCGAGGACAAGGAGUCUACGCCCCAGCCCAGGCCCAGAUCGUCCACGCAGGCCAGGCGUGUGUGGUGAAAGAGGACAACAUCAGCGAGCGCGUCUACACCAUCCGCGAGGGCGACACCCUCGUGCUGCAGUGCCUUGUCACCGGGCACCCGAGGCCCCAGGUGCGGUGGACCAAGACGGUGGGCAGCGCGUCAGAGAAGUUCCAGAAGACAUCCGUGUUCAAUGAGACGCUGCGCAUCGAGCGCAUGGCGCGCAAGCAGGGCGGCAGCUACUACUGCAAGGCGGAGAACAGCGUGGGCGUGCCCGCCAUCAAGUCCAUCCGCGUGGACGUGCAGUACCUGGACGAGCCGGUGCUGACGGUGCACCAGACAGUGAGUGAUGUUCGAGGCAACUUCUACCAGGAGAAGACGGUGUUCCUGCGUUGUACUGUCAACUCCAACCCACCUGCCCGCUUCAUCUGGAAGCGGGGCUCGGACACCCUGUCCCACAGCCAGGACAAUGGAGUCGACAUCUAUGAGCCCCUCUACACCCAGGGGGAGACCAAGGUCCUGAAGCUGAAGAACCUUCGGCCCCAGGACUACGCCAGCUACACCUGCCAAGUGUCUGUGCGCAGCAUCCCCAACAAGGCCAUCACUUUCCGGCUCACGAACACCACGGCACCACCAGCCCUGAAGCUGUCUGUGAAUGAAACUCUGGUGGUGAACCCUGGGGAGGAUGUGACGGUGCAGUGUCUGCUGACAGGCGGUGAUCCCCUCCCCCAACUGCAGUGGUCCCACGGGCCGGGCCCGCUGCCCCUGGGGGCUCUGGCCCAGGGUGGCACCCUCAGCAUCCCUUCAGUUCAGGCCCUGGACUCUGGCUACUACAACUGCACAGCCACCAACAAUGUGGGCAACCCCGCCAAGAAGACCGUCAACCUGCUGGUGCGAUCCAUGAAGAAUGCCACGUUCCAGAUCACCCCAGACGUGAUCAAAGAAAGCGAGAAUAUACAGCUGGGCCAGGACCUGAAGCUGUCAUGCCAUGUGGAUGCGGUGCCCCAGGAGAAGGUGACCUACCAGUGGUUCAAGAAUGGCAAGCCAGCACGCAUGUCCAAGAGGCUGCUAGUGACCCGAAACGACCCUGAGCUGCCUGCUGUCACAAGCAGCCUAGAGCUCAUUGACCUCAACUUCAGCGACUACGGCACCUACCUGUGCGUGGCUUCCUUCCCAGGAGCACCUGUACCUGACCUGAGCGUCGAGGUCAACAUCUCCUCUGAGACAGUGCCACCCAUCAGCGUGCCCAAGGGCAAGGCCGUGGUGACCGUGCGCGAAGGCUCGCCCGCUGAGCUGCAGUGCGAGGUGCGGGGCAAGCCGCGGCCGCCUGUGCUCAGGUCCCGCGUGGACAAGGAGGCUGCUCUGUUGCCCUCGGGGCUGCCUUUGGAGGAGACGCCGGAUGGGAAGCUGCGGCUGGAGCGCGUGAGCCGCGACAUGAGUGGGACCUACCGCUGCCAGACGGCUCGCUAUAAUGGCUUCAACGUGCGCUCCCGCGAGGCCCAGGUGCAGCUGAACGUGCAGUUCCCACCCGAGGUGGAGCCCAGCUCCCAGGAUGUGCGCCAGGCUCUGGGCCGGCCCGUGCUCCUGAGCUGCUGGAUCCUCCGAGGCAGCCCCCAGCGCAUCGCCUCGGCCGUAUGGCGCUUCAAAGGGCAGCUGCUGCCUCCGCCGCCCGCCGUCCCCGUCGCCGCCGAGGCCUCCGACCACUCCGAGCUUCGCCUCGACGCUGUCACUCGCGACAGCAGCGGCAGCUACGAGUGCAGCGUCUCCAACGACGUCUCCGCUGUCUGCCUUUUCCAGGUCUCCGCCAAAGCCUACAGCCCGGAGUUUUACUUCGACACCCCCAACCCCACCCGCAGCCACAAGCUGUCCAAGAACUACUCCUACGUGCUGCAGUGGACGCAGAGGGAACCUGGUGCUGUUGACCCCGUGCUCAACUACAGACUCAGUGUCCGUCAGGUGUGGAGGACACUGAUGAUCCCCAUCAAUGAUGUCACAGGACCAGGUGGGAAGGAGGCCACUGUCCUGCAGGGGGACGUGAGGACCGAGGCGGCCAGGCAGGGGAGAGCGGAGGACGGGACCCAGGAGCUCCUGCGAAGGUCUGCGUUGGAGGCUUUCGGGUGA